AAGUACCAUAGAAGAGGGUUAAUACAAAUAUAUUUUUCAAAGAUCACUUUUUUUGGACAGUGAAAGAAUGGGAGAAGAAAGCAAAAUCUGGGACAGGAACUAUUCAUAGAAAGAAAAUCCAUCAGGCAUCAGCAAUAGCAGUAUAAUCACUUCAGCAGCUUACAACGGUUUGAUUUUUUGUGGGGUUUUUUUUGGAGAAAAAAUAUUAGUAAGAAAAAAUGGAGGAGAGAGAAAAAGGAAGCGAAGAAAAGGAGGAAUUCCUGGGAUUAAAGUUAAAACGCGGAAGAUUGAUUGGGAAAAGUAGAGGAGGGGUUUGUACUCCACCACCUACUUGGUCUUUUGAGCCAAAAAUUCAAAAAAAAGAGCAAGAACAAGGAGAAGAAAAAACCCAAAUUCAUACCAAUAAUAAUUGUGGUAUUAAUUGUAGUAAUGGUGAUAAUUUUUGUGGGAGUAGUUCAUCAGUGACUGCAAGACAAUUGGGUGCUAAUUUGUGGGAGAUUUUACCUCAUCUUAAUUCCAUUGCUAAAAUGAGUAAACAUCAUAAAGGGGUUAGUAAUGGUGGUGGGUUUCAGAAAAAUAAGGGUUUGCAGAUUCAUACUGUUGUGGAGGAAGACCCAUUUGAUAGUAUUGCUUCUGAAGAUCAGCCUGAAAGUGCGGAAAGCUUCCACAGGCAUAUAGCAGCAACGCUUUUGCGACAUCAUCGAUCAGUCAACAGGAAUGGACGUGAAAUUCAACCAGUGUCUCCUGCAACUUAUAGCAGUUCUAUGGAGGUAACGCCAUACAAUCCCGCUGCUACUCCUGGUAGUUCUUUGGAUUUCCGGGGGAGAAUGGGUGAUCCAAGUUACAGCCUUAAAACAUCCACGGAGUUGCUCAAAAUUCUCAAUCGCAUUUGGUCCCUUGAGGAGCAGCACACAUCAAACGUGUCGCUGCUAAAAGCUCUGAAGUCAGAUUUAAACAAUGCUCGAACAAGAAUCAAAGAUCUGUUGCGCGACAAACAAAAAGACAGGCAGGUAAUAGAUGAACUGAUGAAGCAAGUUACGGAGCAUAAACUUGUCAAAAGGAACUUUGAUCAAGAUCGAGUACAGUCCGCCUUGCAAUCCGUGAAGCAAGAACUAGAAAACGAGAGAAAAUUAAGAAAACGAUCUGAAAGUUUGCAUCGCAAGAUGGCCCGAGAGAUUUCCGAAAUGAAAAUUUCCUUCUCUGAAGCUUUGACCGAACUAGAAAGAGAGAGACGAGCACGGAUUCUCCUUGAGGAAUUAUGUGAUGAGUUUGCUAUGGGAAUAAGAGACUACGAGCACGAACUUAGGUCGCAGAAGUACAGGAGCGAGAAGGAACAGGUUCACCGAGAGCAUGUCGACAACUUGGUUCUUCAUAUUUCAGAGGCGUGGUUGGAUGAACGGGUGCAGAUGAAGCUCGUGGAAGAAAUGCACAAGGAUUUGGGAGAGAAGUGCAUGAUCCUCGAUAAGCUUAGGCCUGAAAUAGAAACUUUCUUAAAAGCCAGGCAAACUUUGGUUUCGAGAGACGAUGUUGACUUGCUCAACCGAAGUUCAAAGGGCAGUGGCAUUCGUCGUCAGUCAUUGGAAUCGUUUCCCUUGAACGAAGCAACAAGCGCCCCUAAAAAUGUCGAUGAGGAUGAUAAUGAAUCUAUUGAUAGCGAGUCGAAUUGUUUUGAGCUGACAAAGAAUCUUGGCGGGGAAUACCCCAACGGAAUUUACGCAAAAAGUUCUUCUGAUGAAAGAGGUCACGAAGAAUCGGUGAAGACAGAUAAUGCAAAGCUUGAAUGCCAAGAGUUAAGUAAUGGGCGUAGUUUAUCGAGCUUGCAAGCACGGUUCCAAAAACAUAUGGCUCGAAUGACCUUAAGUAAUGGUCACACUCAAAAUGAGGCCGACGAAGGUUUAAUUGACAGGAGGAGUCGACGAUUUGGCAGCCACGGAGGGCACUCAAACCGUAUUAUAAACAAUCUCUUAAGGAAUAACUCGUCAUCGGUCGAGGGGGAGAGGAUUCAUCCAGAGAGUGAAUUGGCAGACGGCCAUUUCUUGUUAGCCGAUCUUGCUAGUCCGGUGAAGAAUUGGGAGUCCAAAAUCGGUUCACAAGACCAUGAAAUCUCCGAGUCUUCUUCAAAAUGGUCUAAAGGCGGCAAGGAGAGCACGUUGAAGGCUAGGCUUCUAGAAGCAAGAUUGGAGGGACGAAACGUUCAAUCGAAGGAUUCCUGAGGUGCACCUUAACAAAAGCUUAUGCAGGAAUAUAUGCAUUGUGAAUACUUCUAGUUGGGAUGAUACCUAGGGGAAAUUUUGCUACACUUUGACAAGAAUGUUAUUGUAUUAUUCCACAUUUUAUACACAUCUACAUUAUAUGAUGUAUGAACAAUUGGUGUAAGCUCUAGGCAAAUAGUGUACUUGUGCUUUCUUUUGUCAGUUGGCCUGAAUAAGACACGGGAGAAACUAAACGUAUUAUGCCUCA